GGUCCAGCGGUGACCAUCCGUCGUCCUCGACUUUUUUGCCCCCCCCUCCCUCCCUCCCCCUCAUCGCGGCCCCCUCUCCUCCAUCAUCGCCUCACAGUCUUUUUGCUCUGGAGCAUCUGACUGACCCUUGUAUAUUCAUUUUUACCGACCAACGACAACAAUCAACGAUGAAGGCGUCCUUUUUCCUCCCCUUGUUUGCUGCAACCUAUGUCGCCGCCCACGGAUACGUGCAGAAGGUGACCAUCGACGGUACCGAAUACACUGGUCCUGCCGUUGCUUCUGGCAGCACCGAUGGAAUCACUCGCGAAGUCUCUACUCAGGAUCCCAUCAAGGGUGCAACAAAUUCCGAUCUUACUUGUGGACCAGGGGCUUUGGCAGGUAGCCAAGUUGCCAGUGUUAAUCCUGGAAGCACCGUUUCGUUUUUGUGGACAGGUGCCAGCGGUUCAGCGUGGCCCCACAAUGUUGGACCAAUGAUGACCUACAUGACCAACUGUGGUGAUUCGUCGUGCGCCGAUUUCGAUCCUACUGGCGCAGAAUGGUUCAAGAUCGAGGAAGCUGGGAAGACCGACGGCACAUGGGCACAAGCCGCUCUCAUGAAUGGCGCUACUGCCGAUGUGACCAUCCCAAGCAACCUUGCAGCUGGCAACUACCUCAUCCGUCACGAGAUAAUCGCACUCCAUAAUGCCCAAUCGGAAGGAGGCGCCGAGUUCUACGCUUCAUGCACUCAGCUCAAAGUGGGAGGCUCUGGUACCGGCACUCCUUCCAGUAGCGAUCUCGUCAAGUUGCCCGGAGCCUACAGCGACACUGAUCCUGGUAUUCUGAUCGAUGUCUACACCGACAGCACGAAUGACUCCUACACUUUCCCUGGCCCCUCAGUUGUCAAUCUCGGCGGUGGCAGCUCUAGUGCAUCUUCAUCUGCUUCCGCCUCCGCCUCUCACUCUGCUUCCGCUACCUCUACCAGAACUCAUUCGUCGUCCAGUGCAGUACCCACGUCUAACGGUGCUUCUUCUGGUUCAACGGGAGGUUGCAAGCUCAAGAAGAAGCGUGCCGCUACCAACGGCACGGCCAUACUCACCAAGAGGGAGACCCUCACCAGGAGGGAGACCGUCGCCAAGAGACCCCGCCAUGUAUCUAGGAUAAUGCGCGGUUUGGAUUUUUCUUCUCAUAUGCAUUAACGCGCUGGAACGCGUUGGUUGCUGGUACGCUAGCUCGUGCUUUUGUUUUACAUGCUAGUUCAUGUUUUAUUCCCUCUACGUGUUUGAUACCUUUUUACAUUUUAUAUCCCCUACGUCUGCUCAUGACCAUGACCUCUCACUCUCGUUAGUUAUUUGACACGCUCUUGUAUUGUUAACGUUCGUUAUCUACUGCUAUCUAACACGGCUAGUCCGUGGAUUGUAAUAUUAGGUUGCAUGGUUGUAGAUUAGACAUCACAUACACACGUAGUAUGCAUAGUAUGCAUAGAUCAUUGAUUGAUCCAUCAAAUAAGCU